GACUCGUGAGUUUUGACCUCCUGCUAUAAAAGCUGCGCGCUCCCUUUCUUUCUGCAGUUAGUUCUCUGCAGAUCUCUCAACAUGAGUUUCACGAUGGAGAAUCACUACUUUAGCCCGAGCUCUUUCCGCAAGGCUCGCCCUACCUCAGUGUCCUCUAGUGGGUUUCAUUCGCAACGCCGCCGCCUCACGUACAGCCAGCCGCCCUCGGUGGACAGUGUGGACGCUUUCAAUGGAGACAUGACCCGGAGAAGCGAGAAAGAAAUCCUGCAGGCGCUUAACGACCGCUUUGCAGGAUACAUAGACAAGGUGCGCAGCUUGGAGAUGCACAAUCGCAAUCUAGAAGCUGAGGCCGCGGCACUGCGUCAGAGCCAGACCGGGCGCGCCACUGUGGGUGACCACUACGAGCGAGAGCUGGGGGACCUCCGGGCACUGCUACAGCAGCUCUGCGGCGAGAAUACCCGCGCCGUGCUGGAGCAGGACCACCUGGAGGAGGAUAUCCAGCACGUGCGCUCUAGGCUUGAAGAUGAAGCGCGGAACCGUGAAGAGCUCGAGGCUGCCGCGCGUGCCAUGAAGAAGUACGCAGAGGAAUGCAGUCUUGCGCGCCUAGAACUUGACAAGAAGCUUCGUGCGCUUGAAGAAGAGUCGGCUUUUUUGAAGAAGAAUCAUGAGGAAGAAGUUGAAGAACUCCUGGCUCAGAUUCAAGGCGCGCAUGUGAGCUUUGACGUGCCAGAUGAGCUCAAGACGGACGUUACCACCGCACUGCGAGAGAUCCGCGCACAGCUGGACAAUCAUGCGACCAACAGUGCCAUGCACACAGAAGAAUGGUUUAAAGUGCGAAUGGAACACCUGUCCGAGGCUGCUCGGUCUAACCAGGGUGCAAUACGUGCGACGCAGGAAGAGAUAGCAGACUACCGGCGUCAACUACAGAGUCGCACUAUUGAGCUGGAGACUCUACGUGGGACCAAAGAAUCCCUGGAGAGGCAGCGUAUGGAGAGUGAAGACAGGCACCAACGUGAGCUCAACUCACUGCAGGAGACCAUCAAUCAGUUGGACCGUGAGCUGCAGAGCACAAAAUGGGAGAUGGCCAGCCAGCUGAAAGAUUACCAAGAACUGUUGAAUGUGAAGAUGGCUCUGGAUAUUGAGAUUGCUGCUUACAGAAAAUUACUUGAAGGAGAGGAAACCCGCUUUUCUUCUGGGCCAUAUACGUAUCCGGAGGGUAGAUUCUUAGGGUUCUUCAAAGUGAAAGGAGAGGAAAUCUCUGAUAGAGUGAUUGUGGAAGAGCAGACAGAUGAGACUCAGGUUACUGAGGUGACAGAAGAAGCAGAUGAAGAAGAUGAGGAAAACACCAAAGAAGAAGAUGAUGAAGAUGAAACCAAAGAUGAGGAAGAUCAGGAUGAAAAGGAAGCUGAAAGUGACAAGGAAAAUGACAAUGAGAAGCAAGAAGAUGAUACAAAAUUCCCUGCUGAAAAAAAUCCUGAAUCUCCACAAAAAUCCCCGUUGCCCAAAUCACCGGCAAAAUCUCCGGCAGUGAAGUCCCCUUCUGCAGAUGAACCAAAGCCUGAAUCAGAGAAAGUAGCCUCCAAAGUCUCUCCAAAUAAAGAGAAAAAAGAUGAUGAGAAACCUGUGAAGGAGGACAAAAAGACUAGCGAACAACCAGGCAAGGAAGAGAAGAAGUCUCAAGAGAAGGAAACUGACAGCAAAGCAGAGAAGGGGGACAAUAAGAAAGAAGGCAAAGUCGAACCAACGCCUAAAAAAGAUGAAUCUGUGAAGCCCGCUGCACCUACCAAAGAGGAUGCACAGAAAUCAGCUAAACCAGAGCCUGAGAAGCCAGAACCAAAGAAAACACCAGAGAAGAUGCCAGACCAGAAAUCUGAAAAAUCAGAAACCAAGAAAGAAGAGAAGAAAACAGAAGUAAAAAAAGGAAGAGAGUAAAGAAGCAUCAAAGAAUGAGAAAGCCAAAUCCUCCAGCACAGUCAGCAAGAAGUAAUAAUGUAGAGAAGUGGUAAUUUAGUGCAACAGGGUGAGACAAAGCAAUGUAUAUAGCACAAGACUGACUAUGGUUGUUUAGACAAGCAAUAGACUUGAAUUGAUGGUCAGGGUUAUGUAUGCAAUAGAAAUGUGGCAAGUAAUUCCCCGCUCCAGAGUAUGGCCUUAGCACAGCCCCAAAGCUUUUGAUGUGUGAAUGAAUGCAGAAUGAAAGUAAUGUAACUUCAAUGUGAGAACUGCCCAAAUAAUGAACAAGUGCAUUCUUACUGGGGCUUUAAUGCAUAGAGAUGUCAAGCUAAUGUAAGCUAAAGAUUAAGAUAAAUGUAUAUUUAAACUAUAUUUAAAAACACUCACAGGAAAGACUUGAAUUUGCUUAAUGUGCACUUUAACGCAGCUUCUCCAGACUGGUGAUGAGCUGCCACACAUUUCUGAUCUGCAAUACUAGGAUAAAGUACACUGUCAAUAAACUGCUGGAAUUAUGCAAUAUGAAAC